CUACUAUCUUUUAAGAAGCAAAGCCUUCAAGACUCACAGUAUACAUCCUGCACCAGAGGCCCCACAGCCCUAGACAGGCCAUGAUGCUCCGGACCUUCAAUCUAUUGCUCGGUUGCAUUUGGCUCAGUCUGGGUGUGGCCUCAAUGGCAGUGGAGCCUCAACCAGAGCUGUGGAUAGAAUCCAACCACCCCCAUGCCCCCUGGAGCAACCUCACGCUUUUGUGCAGAAGCCCCUCUCGGGUGUCCAGCAAGUUCCUGCUGAUGAAGGAUAACACACAGAUGACCUGGACUCGUUCUUCUUACAAGACCUUCCAAGUGUCAUUCUUCAUAGGGGCCCUUAGUGAGUCUACUACAGGUGUUUAUCGAUGCUGCUACUGGAAGGAAAAAGGCUGGUCAAAGCCCAGUAAGGUUCUAGAGUCGCAAUCACCAGGCCAACUUCCUAAACCCAUCUUCUGGAUCGAGGCAAAGGCGCCUCCUCUUCCUGGAUGCAAUGUUAACAGCCUCUGCGAUGGAUGGAUUCAGGAUUUAGUAUUUGUGCUGUUGAAAGAGGGAAACACAGAGCCCGUAGAUUACCAAGUCCCAACUGGGACAAUGGCCAUAUUCUCCAUUGACAACUUGGCACCUGAGAAUGAAGGGGUUUACCUCUGCCGCACUCAUUUCCAGAUGCUCCCCACUCUGUGGUCAGAGCCCAGCAACCCCCUGAAGUUGGUGGUGGCAGGUGGGUGUGGCCAUGGCUGCUGGCAUCUGACAAUUAUUAUCCCAGGGAUCAUGGCCGGUUGA